UUCUCGCGAAAGUACGACCAUUGCAUUUCGCUCUGCGAUUUUUUGGAAAUUGUGCAAUUUCGAGCCCCUGGUGGCACCCAAGGCUGGGUUUAACUGGUGGCGGAAGUGAUUCGCGGCUGGGAAACAUUCGAGUGCAGUAUCUGUGAUACACCAGUGAGGAAUUUUUUGUGAAAAACAGUGAAAAGUUUACCGUCAAGGAGUUUUCCACCUCUUUUUUCGCCAGCGCCUGGCUGUAUGCGUCUGACGUUGGACGCCUGUGCCUGCGCGUUGGUGUGUGUGGCGUGCCAAACUCGUCUAACGCUCGAGGUACGUUGACGGCUAAAUACAGUGAAUACGUGCAAUUUGUUUACAAUUUUUGUACCGGUGUUGGUUCACGAGCGGUAGUUGACAUUGGAUCGGGUAAACUCGCGGGUGGGCUUCGGGUAACCGAAGCAGUGAAAACAAACGCACGAACCGAUAGGCUCGUGCCUCGGUUCGACUUUCGUGAACAUUCGGUUCGGUACGGACAUCGGCCGGCGGUCGGUCGUACGCGUUCGCGUCCCCUUCGGGCCCGUGCAGUGUUUUAUAAACAUAGAUAAGUGAUUUAAAUCGGGCCGUGUUUACGCGUGUGUGUUCUCGUUGCGUCUUUCGCGUGUGCAAGUAUUGUUGUUUCGGUAGUGGCGGCGGUUCCGAAAUUUUCCGUGCAUAUCCUCUUUUAUUUCUCAUCUCACGUCCGUGUUCUUUCGUCAAGGGGAAAACGGCAAGUGGCCUGCAAGUGCCACUGUGAAGCGCAGAAAAAAAUACGUCUCAAUCUGUACUAACUUAUAGCUCAGUUUGCCUAUCAUCGAUACUGAACUUUGAGAUUGAUGAACGGAACAAUCAUCGUGGAAUCUGUAGCAUAACAAUAAACACACUUGAACUGAAAAAUCAGCUAUGGAUAACGACAAUUCUCCAAGCAAAUCAUAGAUUAGCGCAUGAAGACCAAGAAACAAUUAGCCGCGGCCGCUGCAGCGGCAGCAGCAGCCGCUGAAAAGAAAGCCGCCAGCACAUCUACUACUAGUACCAGUACAUCCACUGCAACAGCCGUCGCCGUGUCCAGUGUAGCACCUAAUCCCGUCAAGAAACCACUCAAACGACUCCAAACGAAAGCGAAAGAAGUUUCAUUUGUCUCGAGUCAGCCGUUAAAACCACUAUCCCAGCCGAGCACAUCAAAGACUAAAGUAGCAACGUCUAAGCCUCCCGUUGGCCCCAAAUCCCCAGUCUUUGCGAAGCUUGACACGACUGGCGCUCGUACGUUAUCUCCAGCGGGAAAAAGUUCAUCCUCUGUUGGCAAGGUAUGCAAACCUACCAAAAACGAUGCCACCACAAAUCCAGUAAGCCAUUCCGAGACGACGUCUGCUUCGAAGGUGGCAGCCAGCGUUAAAAAACCGGAUCCCAUUAAAAGUAAAAAACCCUCGCCCAACGCCGAAGGCGUCAAAAAAUCCACCACCGGAGAUAAAAAGAAGAUUCAGAAAGAGCUCAAGAAUCUUGGCAUCACCGACGGAACAAUCCAUCAAAUCGAUGCGGCCACGGUUGAAUGCAACCCGUCAAUCAGUGAGAUGGUGAAAACCAAAUCGCGUGCCACUGUCAGUCAGCAGAAAUAUAAUGAAACAAGCUCGCUGGGUGGUUCUUCGGCGUCGACUGCGAAGGCCACUGCCAGUGGCCCCAAACCGGAAACAACUUCCACAAACAACGAGGCCAGUAACAAGCCAACGGAAGUCAGCACAAUCGCCGCCACACCCAUUGCGACAAGCAAAAAACGUGCAGGCACUCAUCCCACCAGCAGUACACAGAAAAUUAAGGAUGCUGCAACGCAAAAGACUGUGCCGGACAGCGGCAAACGCGGCGAGAUUGCAUCCGAAGGUGGGAAAACAAAAAUCGUCCCCACCACGACGUUGUUGGCUACUCCACAACCGCCAGCAAACACUGCCAUAGCCGCCGUUAAGGAAGUUGUCAAAACGCCACCGACCAAAUUAUGCGAUAGCAAAAGUAAAGCGAAAAAACCCGAAAACAACGAUGAUAAUAAUGAUGCUACCGCGGACCAGCAUAAAACUACCAAACGCAACACGGGUGCCACGCUGGUGGCGAAUACUCCCAAGGCUAAGGCCAGAACUAAAAAGGUAAUUCUAGAAGAAAGAAAAGCGGCAGAGGCGGCCCGGUCGAAGGCUGUGACGGAGGUACCGUCAGCUGCAGCCGGUUCCACCACAUCUCUUUUAGCUGCUUCUGCUGUUGUUAAUGCUGGCACUAAACAUACCGACGAUAAACAAAAGAUUGAAGAGGAAAAAACAUGCUCCCUUGGUGAUCUCGAGCCGGACGACCGGCAUGAGGCCGAUGUUCAGAGUCGCAUCGAAGACAUUGUGAAGGCUCUGGAGCAAGAGGAUGACGACGAGCAGCACGGUGCAGGAGGGCUGGCUAUCCAUCCAAAAGUGGGACCGUUUAAGACGGAACCACCGAUUCGGCUGGAAGAACAAUCCUCUGCUACGAAAGAGAAGACCACUAAGAAGGCAACGGCUAAACCGAAAGGGUCUAAAUCGCAACGAAAGGCGCCGACAAAGAAGAAACCCACCGGCGGUGAGAAGUUGGAAGCCAAAGAUGAAAUUCAAAAGAACUCAAUUACGACAGAAAAUAAUCCAUCCGCUGCUAAGACCGAGGUGGCAUUAUCGAAACACAUUCCGAGUGAUGAUGUCAGUGCUGAAAAGGGCCCGGAAUCGAUUAGUAAAGGCGCUUCGACGCCGGCAGCCAAACGCAAAUAUGUUAGAAAACCUAAAACAGCGGAAUCCACUGUUAAAAAUGUUGGCGCCGCUGCGUCAAAAAAAUUAGAUCAGAAAAAGAGUAGCGUUCCGGAAUUGAUUCCUAUUCGCCCAGGAUCGCAAAACACUCAAGAAAAAGACGCACAAAAUUCGACUGAAAACACAACAACUGAAGUUCCCCCAUUAGGUGGCUCUGCACCUUCAGAAAAAACCAACGAGAGAGAAGUCGUCAAACAACCCGGCUCUCCCGACCCACCCAAAACAUUGCGGUCUUCUACGGAAAAUGACGAUGAUUUGCCACUCAACCAACUCAAAGAUAAGACCAAAUCAAAAAGUGAGUCCCCACAAGUUUUCACGACCCCCGCUCUUGCUCCAACCACUGUUUCGGCGGAGCCUGUCGGUUCAUCGAUUAUAAACCCGGAGCCAACGACUCCACUGUUAGCAAGUUUACUCACUAAACCUGCCAAAUCGAGAAAAAAAUACGUUCGAAAGAGCCCAGUUAAACAAUCUCUAAAAGUCCCUUCAAGUGUCACCACUAAAGACACCAAAAACGAUAAAAAGUCGGAGAAGAAAGAUGUGUACGAUUUUGACGAUUCGGAGAGUGACAUCGAAACGCCAGUUAAAGGAGGAAAACCAACUUUCAAACGAAAACCUCUGGAAUCAACGUCAACAAUAAAAGAUGAGGAAGACGAUGAGAACAGCGAGGAAGCACUUGGUGCGACAAAAUCUAUCACAGACGAGAAAGAAUCUCACGUAAAACCGGAGAAUAAGACCGAAAAUGAUGAAAGUGAUGGUGCGAAAGAUACUAAAAAAUCGCCCAAAAAGAGUUCGGAAAGACUGAGCACUCCAUCCUUCAACUCCGACCAGUCGGACGAUGACGUCGAUCAGGAUCCGGACGAACGUCCACGAACCCCAAUCAGCCGCAAAGUGAAGCAGGAAGUUCGCGACAGUUCCGAGGACGAAUCGGACGGCUAUUCCUCUGAGGAGUCUGUACGCACACGAAUUGUGAAGAAGCAGUUAACGGCGAAAACGCGACACCUGAAGCUGUACGGUUUCUGGUCUGGUCCGAAACGUCACCGGGUCGCAUCACUGAACGCAAUCGCCAAGGUACACUGUUUGUAUGAGAAUGAAACACGAGCGGCUCUGGAGGCCAGUUUGAUGAAGCAAGCGACUUCCAGAGCGGCAGCCUCAACAACGACAACGACGGUGUCAGCAACGGCAACAACGACGUCGUCAACAGCAAAAGCUACCACCAGUAAAGCGGUUAAGAAAGAAAAAACUGACGAUGAUGACGAGCGCAAGCACGAAACUGGUGCUACGACACGAGAAGAUAAAGAUAAAAGUGAUAAGAAAGAAAAGACCGACGAGAAGAGCCAGAAGGAAACCAAGUCGACAAACGUGAAGGAAGAGAAAAAGAAACCAACGAAAUCAGUUACAAUAAAGGAGGAUAAGAAGAAAGAAACGAAGAAAGCAGACCCCAAGGAAGACCGCAAGGAUUCCCGGAAGAAAGAGAAGCAAAAGGAGGAAACGGAAAGCGAAAGCGAGAGUGAAGAAUCGGAGGAGGAAGUUGUAACUCGAACCCUGCGCUGCGUCCCGGGGCUCCGUGGAGCCGGAAAGCACUGGGAUCCCAACGCUUCCAGUAUGGAAUCGGAAGAUGACCUUCUACCGGACUCCGACGAAACGUACGCUCAGGGCAAAGACACAGACCCGGUGAAAAAGCGUAAAAUCAAGCGCAAAAUAAUCAAAAAGGCGAAACCUAAACCGAAGAGUGAAAAAUCUGAAAAACCAGAAAAGUCAGAGAAAUCCGACCGGCCAAAACAGCCUGCCAAGAAAAUCAAACGCGAGGUGAAAGCUCUCAUGUCCGAUAGCGACAAACAGGCGGAGGAAUCCUGUUCGUCGUCAUCUGGCUCGGAGAAACCCACCGCUUCCAAAUCGAAAUCGGCCGAUGCUAAGAAACGCAAACGGAAGCCCAAGGAGAAGAAAGAAGUUGUCGAGGUACUGGCGAAGAAACGAAUGGCCAGCCUCAAUGCAACAGCCAUGCUGGCGGCAACAUACGAGGUGCAAAGGAUUCUCUACCGGAAUACCGAUUCUGAUUCGGAUAAUCCGGCUCAUAAGCCUAAAUCUAAGAAGGCGAAAGAACAGAAGGACGCCAAAGAAAAGGAAGCCUCUAAGACAGACGACAAAAAGGAAACGAAAGAGUGCAAAACUGAUGACAAAGCGGCCGAUACUGAGAAGACUGCUAAAAGUUCUGAACUAGACAAAGUAAAGGAAACGAACAAAGAACAGAGUAAAGAAGAGGAAAAAGAUAAACCUACUGAAAUUGAGCCAAAAAUUACUGUUAAAACGGAACUAUUACGCGAUAGAAGAGACGAACUGGAAGUCAAGCGAGAAAUCGAGGAGCCACGGCCAAUGUCCAGUAAUGUUGUCAUCGCACAGGACACCGAGGUCACCAUUACUGGCGUUUACGUCAAUUCGUCCUUGGGAGCCAAUCAGGAAGCUUAUUGUAAAAUGCAAUAUCGCGUGCAGCAAAGUGUAACCGAGGAGCGGCUAGUGCGCCCAGGCGAAGGCCCACCCCGUUCCUACACGCCACUGUCAGCGCUCUCCAGCAUGAGGCCACCCAACGAUCAAAAUCUAUCGACACCGCCGCUCUUCGGUCAACCGUCGCAGUGCGAUUCACCGCUGGGGCUGGGUCCACCGCGAUCCUUCUAUCCCCCACCGACAUCGUCGUCCGGCAGUUCCAGCGCAUUCUGUGCACCCAUUCCACACGACAGUCCAGGCUAUUAUCAACCGGCUGGUCCGUUGAUAUCCCCUCAUCUGCUACCGCAGCCACCACCAAGUUCAACAUCCCAGCACAGCUCGGGUAGCAGCACCGUGACCAAGCAGCCUCCAGAGUCGGACUCCCCGGUACAAUCGCUGCAGCAGCCGCCGUCUUCAUCGACAGCGGACAGCACCGACAGCGAUGUGUUACUGACAGGUGGUGAUCUGUCAUCUCGGUCUCAACCCUACCGGUACGGUCCUACCGGACCACCCAACAUCUAUCCCCGUCCGGUUCAGAUGCACUGUCCACCGCCACCGCACUUGGCACCUAAUUACUACGCGGCGCCGCCGUACAGCCAGUAUCCGCCGGAGAUGUACUAUACUCAUGCUUAUCCGCCGGCCCACUUCUAUCCAAAGUUUGCCCAGUAUUACCCCAGCCGGCGGUACUAUCCGGGACCUCCCGGCCCAGGUGAUCACAUGUACGAACAGGCCCCGCCCCCAACUAGUGCUCCGGUGCCACCGCCUGCCGGUGCCCAGCUGGUGCCUGCCGGUCCGCAGGGUCCCCAGCACAUGGAACACUAUCCCGGUCCGCCUCCGUAUCCGUAUCCUGGCUAUGGGAGUCCCGGGCCGGGGCCCGGUGGGCAGUGUUACUCACGUAACCUGCAGCCUCCACCGUAUAUGGAUGCACACUACACGACCAAUUGCCCUUGUCCGAUGCAGUCGUGUCCAAAAAACGUCAAUGCUGGGUCCCUUAUUGGUAUCAAGGCCAGUAAGGGCCCAGUAGCCACCGUAUCAACCCAAAACCAUCAUAUCGCCUCGGCGGCGGCCUACGCUGCACCCGCCCAAACUUCUGCCAUAAGCAGCAGCAAUUACAAAACUUCUAGCGAACCCAUCAUGAUCUCAUCUGGUUCGUCUACAUCGUCUUCACCCGCGCCGCUGGACAUCCACGCACCCAUUGUGUGCCCAGCCGAGGUCGAAACGUCCAUGUGCCACACAUCUCCAUCGCAGGCCCCAGUGACACCGGUAAUGCCUGUCAACGUCGCAUGCAGUAGCGCCGCCAUCACCAGUACCACUAACACGACCACCAGCAGCAGCAACAGCAUCACAACAACAGCGGAACCAAAUAGAACACCUAAAGUUAAGCCCGAAAGUGACCUGUAUCUGUACAAUAGGAACUAUCACCUACACCAUCACCACUAUCACCAGCAGCAUCGUCCGUCGGCACCCCCGCCAACGCAUCCACUGCAGAACUUUACUUCCACAACCGGACCACUGUUAGCCGAAGUCAAGGAAGAACCGUCGACGCCAACUCCUGAUCCCGACUUAAAGUCUGUGAAGAACAUUCCUAAGCUGAUACCGAUAACGGCCACCAUGGUAAAGCAAGAGAUUACCGAAGUCAAGCAAGAGCUACCGCCUGUAGUAGUGACCUGCAAGAAAGAACACUUCGAGGAGAAUGGUCCUGCCAUGACGCCAGAUCUGCUUCUCGAUGAGGCACUGAUUAAGAAGGAAGAACUAGUCACAGAGCUUCUGUUACCGGAUCGCUGUUUUGUCCAGAAUCAAAACAUUGAGGAUAAAUGUCUUUUGUCUGAUAUUUUAACCGCGGAAGGUAAUCUGGUAAUGAGUAAGACUACAGGUAGUGAUAGUUGCAGUAAUAACAAUAAUAACAACAACAGUAGUAUUAGUAAUGAGAAAGUACAAUUAGUUGAUAGUGUCCUACCAGAAAUCCCGGCGUCCACGGUGAAGCGAAGACCGCUGCUGGUUGCGUGCAAGAAGGCCACACCGAAAAAGUCACCCCCCAAUAGCUAUAAGAAUCUAAUCAAACGUACAAAUUUGGACGAAGAAAGUACGAUCACCGUACUUAGCGACGAUGAUGAAGAAGACGACGAGGAGGAAGAGGUUGUGCAGAACAAGCUCAGGAGAAAACUACUUCCAGUGAAAUCCAGAAAGAUUUUGAAGCGAACUCGUCGAGUUUUCGGUGCCGAACAAUUGAGGCACCUAAAGAAACUAUCCAGAUCACUACUGCAACCUACCCGAAUACGAAAGAUCUUCAAACGACCAUCUUGUAUUCCACGGAAUCCCAAAACAAUCCAGCAAAAGACUGCAAAAACAGUGGAAACCAAAGUUGAUCAAGAACAUACCCCCAAAACUAUGACAACUCCCAACCAUGCUCGAGAAGAGUCGGGAGUUCCAACGACAAAUGGUGAUAAUAGCAAUAAACUAUCAGAAGCUACACCAGAAACGGAACCAGAACGUCCACGACCCGUUUCCAACGUGGACCUCACGAUCGAUCUAGUUGCCAAAGGAUAUUUCUCCGAACCGGAAAUUCUUUCCCACGAGAUCAACGCAAAAUCAUGUUUAAUCAAAAAGCUAAAACUACAGAAGAAUCGUUCACAAUCAGAGCAGAACAGAGGUAAACACUCAUCCAAGAAGGCGAAGAACGAUAACACGCUAGAUGUUGAUUUCGACAAACGGAAGUCCAAGUGCAGAUCGAAAAAAGCGGAACAGAUUGAACUCGCACCACUUCUGACGAACAGUUCACCAAUUCUUACCGAAAAAGACACCACAAAGAAAGCACAGAAAACAAAACAACCGCACCAACCGAAACAAUCGGAACCGAAGGAAAAGAAAGCUAAGAAGGAGCACAAACAGUGCGGUAAAAAGAAAGCCAAAGUUCAAAAACAAAAUGGACUAGAGAGGGCAACCUCAACUCCAGUGCCGAACGCGAAAGAGCAGGAGUCCGCCAAUUUGAACGUUUCGGAUGUUCAGUUGAUCCAACCAGAUGCAAGCGGGGACGAUCGCGAAAUGGAAUUUGAUGAUGCUGCUACGGUGCUGGUAGAUGAUGACAUGAUGAGUGUUGACACGAGCACAAUGAUCAACCGACAUAACAACAACAACAGCAGCGGCGUCGAGAACAAAAACCCAAUCGCCGAGGAAGGACCACUGGAAGCACCCGGGCAAGCAAGUGCGUGUGAGCCAUCGAUUAGUGGCGGUGAUCUGGCGACGGCUGAGGAAGAUGAUGACGCUGAUGAAGAGAUGAUGCUGUCCCGACGAUUUGCCAAAAAGAGUGCUUCAGGGUUCAAACGUAACGCACGGUCAAGAUCGAAAUCCAAAUCGAGAAAAUUCAGUACUAAGAAACGACAUCGGGUCUAUCGUAUGACAGCGGCGGAAAUAGAGGAGGUGAUUGUGCCGAGAAAAUGUAACAGUGUACCACGGUGGAGCAACGGAUGGACCUGGGAGGGUCAGCCGUUCCAGGGAAAGGUGUUUUUGAAUAGUGAUGAUCCUCCAGUUUUAAGGACCUGCUAUCCUGCGAUGCGCCAUUCUGAGGGAGAUAUUAUAAGGCCACGAGACUGUGUGCUGCUUCGAGCUGGCAGUAAACGGGCGGAGCUUCCUUACGUAGCGAAGGUCGCGUAUCUAUGGGAGAAUCCAGAAGAUGGUGAAAUGAUGAUGUCCUUAUUGUGGUACUAUCGUCCUGAGCACACGGAACAGGGACGGCAACCGACGGAUGGACCGGACGAGGUUUUCGCAUCCAGACACAAAGAUCACAACAGCGUAGCUUGCAUCGAAGAUAAAUGCUACGUGUUAACGUUCAGCGAGUACUGCAGAUUCCGUCGCCAGUUGAAGGGCUUCGAGGAGAACAUCGAGGAACACCCCUCGAUAGUGCCACUGCUGAGACGCGAAAAUCCCCGCCUGCCGCCCCCGGUGGUGUCCCCCGAGCUGGUCAUGUACUGCCAGCGUGUAUACGAGUUCCGGCUAAAGCGGCUCCUCAAGACACCCUCCUAGUGUCGGCGGUUGGUGGUAGAGCGACGGGUUCCUCCUCCCAAGCCUACCAUCGAACAGCUUUCCCACCCAUUGCAACCGGCUGCUAGUAAUCCUGGUAGUAGCACCGGCGAGGGUGGGACGAUGACGUCAGCAACAAUCAAAUCACAUAUCCGCAGAUGAAUCCGAAAGUGUUGUCAACUCGACCGAUAGAACAUCCUACCAGGGCUGUACCGGGCUGAAAUAUUGCCUGUCAAUUUACUGUACUCCGGUAGCCGAGUUUUCGCAUUAUAAUACGUUUUGAGAUCUAGUCCAGAGGUGCACGAAUGGGAUAGCGACCAAUCGACGGAAGGCGAGAAGACAGCGGCAAUCACCGGGUGUCGUUUUCAGAAUUUAAGUCAUUUCCGAAUAUGAAUGAUAACGUACUUUUUAUUUGCUAUUAUUUAUAUUAGUUUAUUAUAUUUAGUGAAUCUUUUUUUUUUUUUUAAUUUUCUGUCACGUACGAUGAUUUUGUACAUUCAGUUUUUUAUACCUUCUAUCUUCGUUUUGUUGUUUCAUAACGGUUAAUAAUAUUAUUUGUAAAUAUUUCUUUCGUCUUCUAUAGGGGUAAGAUAAAUAAAGAUCGAAGCAGAAUCAAAAUCUAUUCUAAAUGGACAGUAAUUAAGACAAAAACUACAAUUAAAUCUUUCGAACAGUAUAUUUAUUGUUAGUGGAAUGUCAGCACAGAAAAACAUAACUAAACAAGAACAUACUAUAAUUAAUCAUCAAAAACUACAGCUUAUCGAUCGUGAAACUAUUUUUUUAUGUAUUCUUCGUUUUGAGUUGAACCCGCUUUGGUGGUUGGAACAGAACAAAUUCAUUAUUAUCUUAAACACGUCGGAAUUAGGUGGUGAUUAGAUGGCGUGUUUUGUUGCUGCGGAUUAGAAAUGUCUUGUUUAAGCAAGAACACUUGAACACACAUUGGAAUUUUUUUGAGAUUUUAGAGAAGUCAUAAAGUAUGAGUACUGAAGUACGAACUUUAAUUGAUGAAAAAAAAAUUUUUUUUUCUUAAGAAUAAAGUCACAAAAUCAAUUUGUCCUGCAUUUAAUUUAUCCUUGUAGAAACAUGGAAAAACUAUAUUGUUAGUAAUCAGUAGAAACAAACUGAAAAACACACACAAAUACUGAUCAUCACGAGAAGAAAAGUCUACAAAGAGUCACUAAACAUAGUUAUGAUCCUGUUUGAUUUCCUUCCUAUCUGAACGCGACAAGAUUAGUUGAAACGAAACACAACAAGAAGCGCAAAAACCAACCACACCUAUUGUUAUUGCUACACUGAGUAAUUUGUAUCAGUACCUUAUUAUUUUAAACAAACUGAACAGAGAGUAAACAAAAUGAGGAAAAAAACACUAAUAAUAAAUGAAUAUUACUAUGAUUAUAUAUUAGACACAAAAUUAAUAUAUACACUUAUACAGUAUGAACGUGGAAAUACAAGUGUAAGUAGAAUAGAUGAAUUGUUUAACCACUACUAUUUGCGUAACUACCGACGUAACAAUCCAUGUCAGGUUCCAGAAUUAUCAUUCUAUGUUUAUAACAUCAAUCCUCCCUCCCAAUAGGUUAACGAUCAACUUGAUUUUCCGCGAAAAAUACAUGAACACAUCCAGCUUCUAUGAGAAAAACGAAGCACGCAUCACAUAAAACAUAAAAACGUUAAAGCCAUUUGAAUAGCCAAGAGUAAAGAAAAUAGAGUGUCAAUACUAGAUGCGCAACCCGCAAGUUUGGACAAUGUUUGGAACUAUACGCUAUACUAAUCGAAGCAUCCACAGUAAAAUCAUAAUCGUUACGAGCGUUUUACACAACUCAACUCAUCAUUAAGUAGAUGAUUAUUUUACAUUACAUUUCUUCCCCUUGCCCUCUCCCACUAAUGUAAGUUCCACCUAUCUCGCAGUGAGUUUAACUGCUGAAUGUAUGUUUUUUCCGUCAACGGUUUAAGUAGCUUUACAGUGACUGGCAGGCAGGUAUCCCCCUUCCCCCUAUCCCGUGCUCGUUCGUUUAUUACAGCGGUUUUCAACCGGGUGGAAUUCCCCCCUAGGGGGGAAUUUGACCGUUGCAGGGGGGGAAUCGCGAGUGGAAAAAUUUCACAUGUAAUGCGAUUUUAUGAUUGACGGUGGUGCGACAUUUUUUUUUCAGUGUCCAAUGAAUUCGCUCGCGAAAAACCCAUGCACCGGUUUUUGCGCAUUAUUUUGCUCUAUAGGCAUACGUCAAAUAGACCUUUCUAUCUGCGCUAGUAUUAGUGGUCGAUUUCACUAAUACAAGUUUUAUUUUUGGGCGCAAAUAAUCAACCCGCUGGUGAUAACAAAAAAUUUCCUCACGCCCCAAACUUUUAUUCAAGUUGUAGGCCGAUUUUUAGUUUUAUUUCAUUUAUGUUUCCACUAAAACACAGUUUGUUGAAACAGGUAACACGAAUGAACUAAGAUUCAUAAGUGAAAUAUUUUUCGAAAUUGAAUAUCAGCUAAUUUUUUGGUUGAAAACAAAUCUAUUUUAUAAGGAUACACGACUAAGCCUGUAUUGGUGAGAUCUGGCUUAGAAAGCUCUAUAUGCUUGAUGACGAUAAAUCGAAACACACACCUUCACAAGUGAUGCUGAAGAUGCCCGUGUAUUGGUGUUUUCCUGCUCCUGCUUGAAACCUGUUUAAAAUUAAAGUUUAAAAAGCCUUAUAUUUUUUAAUUACUACAGCUUUUCUUUCAUGGUGCCGAUAGGGGGGAAAAGCUUGUGUAAAUUAUCAAAAGGGGGUGCAUGAACUGAAAAAGGUUGAAAACCACUGGUUUAUUAGGUUCGAAGCAGAAACUAGACUAUAAUAUGUGUAAACUACUGUCUUGGGCCCAGUCAUUGGUACUCUAGUUGCUAAGUUAGAUCCUUACACACUUAUUCUAACACACACACACUGUAUUACUGUUGUAUUAUAAUGGACAUUUUAAGGCAGUUCUUUUACGUACCGAAUAAGUUUGAUGGUAGAGUACAUACUGAUUGGAUAAUAAUUGAAGAAGGAGAGAGAGGAGAAAAAACAACAGAAGAAUAACUAAUUUAAUGUUAAUUAGGGGCAGAUUGACGUUGAACAGAUAAUGGUUUUACAAAAUGGCAAACAACAAAGCAUACAAGUUUUACCAAAAUCGAUUGAUUGAUUGAUUGGUUAAUUGAUAGGAGAAAAAAAAACAAAACAACCAGAACUAUGUGGCAAUUAACAUUGGGUAAAAAUAUACCAAGAGUAAACUGAAAA